AUGGCGGUGGACGGUCCUGAUCCUCCGUGUUGUGAGAGCCCCGUCGCUCCCUAUGAGGAGGAGGGAGAUGAUCGCAGCUCCGAGAGGUCCAGUAGCCCCGGGAGGGGCGGGGGCAGCACGACGAGCAGCGCCCCGCCCACAGGGGCCACUUCACAUAACGGAACCACCGGAGGGGAGGAGGCCGAACCCCUCAGCCGCAUGGACUCUGAGGACAGUAUAAGCAGCACCCUAAUGGAUGUGGACAGCACAAUCUCCAGUGGACGUUCCACCCCAGCUAUGAUGAACGGUCUAGGAAUGUCCACCUCGUCCAGCAAAAGCAUUUCCUACAACUGCUGCUGGGACCAAUGCCAGACCUGCUUCUCCUCCAGCCCUGACCUCGCAGAGCACAUCCGUUCUAUUCAUGUUGAUGGCCAGCGUGGAGGGGUGUUCGUCUGCUUUUGGAAGGGGUGUAAGGUGUACAACACGCCUUCCACUAGUCAAAGCUGGCUGCAGCGACACAUGUUAACACACAGUGGAGAUAAACCCUUCAAGUGCGUCGUUGGAGGAUGUAAUGCCAGCUUUGCCUCACAGGGAGGUCUUGCCCGUCACGUGCCCACUCACUUUAGUCAGCAGAACUCUUCAAAAAUGUCCAGCCACAAGUCCAAAGAGGAUUCCCCUUCCAAAGCUGGAUUGAAUAAGCGACGGAAACUGAAGAAUAGACGGAAACGCUCACUACCCAGACCACAUGACUUCUUCGAUGCUCAGACGCUGGACGCCAUUCGCCAUCGUGCCAUUUGCUUCAACCUAUCAGCCCAGAUCGAAUCGUUAGGAAAAGGGAACAGCGUGGUCUUUCACAGCACGGUGAUGGCAAAAAGAAAAGAAGAGUCUGGAAAGGUGAAGUUGUUGCUGCACUGGAUUCCAGAAGACAUCCUCCCGGAUGUCUGGGUGAAUGAAACAGAACGGCACCAGCUGAAGACAAAGGUUGUUCACUUAUCCAAACUCCCGAGUGACACCGCUGUGCUCUUGGACCCCAACAUAUACAGGUUAGUCGCCAUGCAUAUUCCCUGUUCACAUGUCCACUGCAAAUGUUUGUUUUUUUAUUUAUAUAGUGUUGUUUGA